AUACCGGGGCGGCACCUUGGUAACGAGAUAAACUAACAAGCUGUGUAUCUGUUAUGGUUCUUGGGUAGGUUGUCGUAGGGUAAAAUUGUGAAGAUCGAAGGAGAAUUGCAACAAGAUGUCGUUGCCAUUCCUACCAGGGAAUUCAUUCAAUGGGAGUCUUGGAAAAACAAAAUAUCACAAAUCGCACCACUUCGGUUACAAAAAUGAAGUGUCUAUGCUGGUUGGAGAUGAUAAGCCAGGCAUUGGAGGAGAGCUAUUAAGGGGGCAGAAAAUCAAACCGAAGAACACAGUUUACCCCGGUGGUGAGGGAAGCAAUGUACCAGCAUGGGUCGCCUUUGACAGACAAGUCCUUUGCUUUGAUGCUUUCUUCCAAGAGGCAGUACACGAAAAAAGGGAAGAACAAUUUAGAGUUAGGAAUUGCAAAAUUUAUUUCUACCUUGAAGAUGAUUCCAUCCAGGUUAUCGAACCAAGAGCAAAGAACAGUGGAGUUCCACAAGGAACAUUAAUCAGACGACACAGAAUUCCAAAACCAGCACCAAAUGAUGAUGAAUGUUACACUGUAGAAGAUUUUAACCUCGGAAAAGAAAUCAAUUUGUACUCCAAAGUUUUCAAACUAACAAAUUGUGAUGAUUUCACUCAAAAUUUCAUGGGAAAACUUGGUGUACGAGUACAGCGACCAGAUUCAACUCCUAACGAUCCAUACACCAAAUACAGAAAAGCUAUGGAUGAGAGCAUGCAGCCACUGAGACCAUACGAGAAACAUGACACACUCAAACAGUUCUUGGACCAUGAUCGUCAUGUUCUCCGUUUCUUCUGCUACUGGGAUGACACAGACAACAUGUUUGGUGACCCAAGGGAGCUGGUCCUCCAUUACUUCCUCGCUGAUGACACUAUUGAGAUUCGCGAGGUCAUUCCUCCAAACUCUGGACGGGAUGCUGUACCCAUGUUCCUCAAGAGGGGCAAGCUUCCAAAGAACAUUGAAUCUCUGAGACAGCCAGGUGAAGUAACUAGCCGCACCGUUCUCAAUGUGUUUGGUCCCACCGGUCAUGGAGGCAGAUAUAUCUUAGACAGUUUGAAGACAGGUGCAGUACACACCCACUUUUACAAUGACAAAGACUUGACCGUUGGGUCAGUGCUCAAUGUCUGGGGCAGGAAGAUCAUGUUGUGUGACUGUGAUGAUUUCACCAAGGAGUACUACAGAACCAAGUAUGGCAUCGGGGAUUUCACCAAUGUGCCCUACAAAAAGGACAACUACAUGAGGUUUGAGAAGGAAUACCCACCCUACAAUGGCUGGGGAAGUGAAGAGGACUCCCUCUGUUCCUGUAUGGGUCUUCUUCCGAAACCCCCCAAGCGUGACUUCAUUAAAUUCAUGGAGAAAGACCGUCGAGGUCUGGACAGUAAUGUGCUGCGUUUCCUGGCCAGGAUGGACACCACCAAGCCCAUUGAUAUGGACCGCCGGUUCAUCAUUUCCUACUUCCUGUCCGAUGACACCAUUCUUGUCUUUGAACCUCCAGUCAGGAACUCAGGAAUCAUCGGAGGAAAGUUCCUUGAGAGGUCACGGGUGAAGCAACCAUGUCAGCCCUUGUAUAGUACCAAGAUGUCCGAGUAUUACUUGGCUCAGGAUCUUUUCGUCAGUGCCCGUGUCACGUUUAACAGUCACAAGUUCGUACUCGUCGAUGCAGAUGAGUAUGCAUUCCAUUACAUGGAGGCUCACUCUGGAGAGUUCAGAAAGUCCAGCAUUGAUAGCAUUAUCCAGAAGCUGAGCAACAUCCUUGGAAAGACUCCAGAUGAGGUCAGAUCAUUUUUCGCCAAGAAUGACCCCAGCGGUGGCGGUAUCAUCUCCUUCGAACAGCUGGCGGAAUUGAUGCGCCAAGUUGAUCCCAGUAUAACUGACCAGGAGGUCAUGACCUUGGCCAGGUUCUAUGCGGAGAAGACUGCGGAGGAUGCAGUUAAUGCACGCAGCCUGGUAGCUAUAACACAGGAGCAGUUGAGGAAGAGGAAUUACGAAGGAUUUGCCAAACUAGUGGAGGACUGCAUGCAGAAUGACAAGGACAAGACUGGAUUCUUGGAUGUGGACACAGUACGGACAGUAUUCCACGCUCAUCAUGUACCACUGCCAGAUGACAUCCUUAGAGCCGCACUCGCCAUUGCCCCAGUGAAUGAGAAGGGAGAAGUACAAUACACAGAGGUUGUGAACAGCAUGAACUGGAGAGACAGACCAGUUGCUCCCAUGCAACACAAACCAGUGUCUGAUGAUUCCAGCUGGAGUGGAACUAAACAGGACAAAUCGGCAGUGUCAAGCAUCAACUACCUGAGAUUGUUAGACGAUAUCUUCGGGAAAAAUUCGAGUUAAAUAUAUUUGUGACAUUUAGGAUCUACAAAAAACUUUGAAGAACUAUAUACAUUUUCAUGUUGAAACAUGCUACAGAAACUGUGAUAUUUGUUGAUUAUUUCUUAAAAUUUGUGCCAGCAGACAACACAAGCUAGUGUUUGUUCUAUUGAAGAGACAAUAUUUCCAAUGCACAAAUGCAAAAAAACCCAGCAGAAGUUGAAACCAAGAGACAAGUUAAAAUGUUUUUUUUUAAACAUACUUGUAUGGUCAUUGAUAUAUAACCUUCAAAACCAAACACAUCUCCGUAUGCAAUCAGUUAUAUAGGUUUUGUCAGACAUGUUGUCUAAAUUUAUGUGCUGAGAAGUUCCUUUUUAAAAUAUAUCUUGUGAAUUACAAAACUUGCAAGAAUUUUGUCCUGCCAAGAUGCUGUUUAUAGUUACAUGUAUUAACAAUAACUGUUUUCCAAGAAACAGUCUUUGCACGACUAUAAAUGAUAUUUUCCUCUCAAACCAGACUUCAUUUGAGCUGUUAUUGAAUUGAAUGGUACAGUAUAUUACCUACCGUCUACAGAACCAUAAGCAAAGACUGGUAUUUUUUUUCUUUCUGAUGGUCACAGUGCUAAAAGUCUUUGAGCUGUAGGCAACAUCAUUUUUUUCCCUAUGGAUUUACGAAGUUUUAUAUACAUUGGCAAAUUUCACUAUUUAAUUUAUAUAUAUAUCUUAAAGAUCUGUACAGUAUGGAAGUUAUUGUGAAAUAAUGCAAUGAUAAUAAAUAUUCUA